GGGAGGGCAAGACUCUUUGCUAUGCGCUGCCUCUCGUCAGUCACCUCUGGAAUGCCGUGGUGCCCCGGCUGCGCUGCGUCGUGCUGACCCCCACGCGCGAGUUGGCGCUGCAG